AUGCAGCUCGCAUAUCUCAUCCUCACCGUCUUCCUGGGACAGCUCCUGGGCACCACGGGACAGGACACGGUCACCCAGGAAUAUGGACCAGUCUUGUUGAAGCAGGGACACCCCUUCCACACCACAUGCGAAUACCACACCAGUUAUUUUACUGGCUUGCUGUGGUACCAGCUGAGGAAAGGCCAAGCCCCAGAGCUGAUCUCCUAUCAAGCAGGGGCUGGCUCCAAGCGCAGCGGCCGUUUCACCACACAGCUGAACACCACGGGCAAAUCCAGUGUCCUGCAGCUGGAGGAAGUGGAGCUCUCUGACUCUGCCUUGUACCUCUGUGCUGUGCAAGACACCCUGCUUCUGCAGGCUUUAUUCUGGGGAUUGGCAGAGCUGGUGGAUGCAGUCAGAGCCCAGGUACAUCAGGAGCCAUUUCUGGAGACCACUGAGGGCACCGGCAUCAACAUCACCUGCUCACAUACCAAAAUCCAGACCCGUGAUUGGAUCCAGUGGUACCGUCUGCUCCCUGGCCAAGGACCUGAACUCCUCGCACUCACUAUGAAAGAGUCCAAAGAGCUGCCGGGCAAUGCAGGACAGCUGUCGGUGUCGGCAGAUCGGAGUUCGAGCUGGCUGUGGCUCGCUGAGCCCCGGCGCGGGGACGCGGCCGUGUAUUACUGCGCGCUGGGGGCCCGGGCAGAGGAGCCGGGGCUGCGGCCGGGCACGAACCGCGGCGGGCGGGAGCACCCAGCAAGGAAUGCGUGUGAGGCUGUGCAGCCUCCAGCCAUGGGGCUCUCCAACACCCAUCAGGAUUUGGAGAUUAGCAAUGACACCACAGAGCUGAGGACACCUCAGAAAGAGCUGCCCAUUGCAGCUGCGGAGCUGAGGACUCCACUGCGAGCUGAGCAGGAACAGCCCCUUCCCAUCACUGAUGCUCCAGGGGCACGGAAUGCUGACAAUGCCAAUGGCUGA